GGGAGGUGUGCGCCGAGGGGUGGGGUCAGGCGGCGAGGAGGGCGCCGGUGACUCGGAGGAGCCGGGGAGGUCGCCCGGUCCGCCUCGCUCCCCAGUACCCGGCGCCUCGCUCGCGCUCCGGCUGCCCCUCGCCGCGCCCCGGCGGCGCCCAGGCCUCCAGGCCCCGCUCCCGCCUCCGGCCGCCCCCCCGGACCCCUGUGCCCGGCCGGGGCGCGCCACCGGGACCUGCAUGCGGGGCGCGCGCCCGCCCCGGGAGAGAGCGGCCGCCGGCGCCCCCGAGGCGGAGCCCGGCCGCGCGGGAGGAGCGCGCGGAGCGGGAGGAGCGCGCGGAGGAGGAGCGGCCCGGGCCCGGUCCCCCGCGCGCCGCGGCCCGGGAGCACGGGCCCCCCGCAGGGCGCUGCGGCCGGCGGCCCCGGCCCGGAGGAGGGACCCGGAAGCAGAAGCGCAGCCGCCGCGAGUGGAGCGGCGCCGCUGCCCCCGCCGCCCGCCGGCGCCGGCUGGGGGUCCCGGCGGCUGGAUGGGCCGCGGCGGCGCGGGCCGCGGGCGGCGAUGGGCGAGGAGCAGAGCACCGUGAGCGGCGGCGGCGGCGCCCCGGAGCCGGGCCACCCCGCCGCGGGCUCCCCCGAGCCCCCGAGGCCGCCGCGGGGGGACGGCGGCGGGGCGCCCGGGCCGCCCGCUGCCUCCCCGGAUCCGGGCGGCGGCGGCUGCGGAAACGACUCGGGCUGCGCGGCCACGGGCGCCCCGGAGCCCGCGGGGAGCUGGGGGGCCCCGGGCUGCACGGAGAGCCGCCGAGCCCCCGCGCCGCCCGCAGGACUGGCGCCCCUGAACCCCCGGACGCUGCCGCGGCAGCUGGAGGAGCGGCAGGAGGAGGAGGAAGCCGGGAACCACCGAAAGGAGGAGGGAGGGCGCGAGCCGCCCCCCGGAGAGGAGCCGCCGCCCGGGGCGCGCGUGGGGAGCCCGGACGCCCUGGUGCUGGACGUGCUGGGCCAGCGGCGCCCGCCCGCCGCCCGGAGGCAGGUCUUCUGCUCCGUGUUCUGCGUGGAGAACGUGCUGCCCCCGGACCCCGCCGCCGAGCCGCUCCCGCCGCCGCCCGCCGAGCCGCCGCGGGCCCCGCCGCCGGUGAUGGACGCGCCGGGCACCCCCUCCUCCUCCCUCCCGAGCCCCCGGCCGGCCCUCCCCGCCGCCGCCCGCCUGCCCCCCGACGGCGGCGGCGGCGGCGGCAUCGAGCUGGAGUUCUACCUGGCGCCCGAGCCUUUCUCCGCGCCGCCCCGCCUGCUGGGAGCGCCGCCCUACCCCGGCCUGGGUGGGGCGGGGGACCCCUACGCGCCCCUCAUGGUGCUCAUGUGCCGGGUCUGCCUGGAAGACAAGCCCAUCAAGCCCUUGCCCUGCUGCAAGAAGGCCGUGUGCGAGGAGUGCCUCAAAGUCUACCUGAGCUCCCAGGUACAGCUUGGCCAAGUAGAAAUCAAAUGCCCUAUCACAGAAUGCUUUGAAUUCCUGGAAGAAACAACGGUUGUCUAUAACCUAACGCAUGAAGACUCCAUAAAAUAUAAAUACUUCUUGGAACUUGGCCGUAUUGAUGCCAGCACCAAGCCAUGCCCUCAAUGCAAGCACUUUACAACCUUCAAGAAAAAAGGACAUAUUCCCACCCCUUCCAGAUCAGAAAGCAAAUACAAAAUCCAGUGCCCCGCUUGCCAAUUCGUCUGGUGUUUUAAGUGCCACUCUCCUUGGCAUGAAGGUGUUAACUGCAAGGAGUACAAGAAAGGAGACAAACUGUUGCGCCACUGGGCCAGCGAGAUUGAGCAUGGCCAGCGGAAUGCCCAGAAGUGUCCAAAGUGCAAGAUCCACAUCCAGAGAACUGAAGGGUGUGAUCACAUGACCUGUUCACAGUGUAACACUAAUUUUUGUUAUCGAUGUGGGGAGAGAUACCGCCAGCUCCGUUUCUUUGGAGACCACACAUCAAACCUCAGUAUAUUUGGAUGCAAAUAUCGCUACCUCCCAGAGAGACCUCAUCUAAGGAGAUUCGUGCGAGGGUCGGUCUGUGCUGGAAAAUUGUUUGUUGCACCUCUAAUCCUGGUCCUGGGAUUAGCACUAGGGGCCAUAGCAGUUGUAAUUGGUUUAUUUGUAUUUCCUAUCUAUUGCCUUUGUAAAAAACAGAGAAAACGAUCACGGACAGGGAUGCACUGGUGAAGUGCACAUCACUUCACUUACCUAAGCUGGUCCGGGUCGGAGCUAUCCAGAAUGGCACACCCGCCUGAGAGUUGCGUCUUGAAACACAGCGAGAGGACCCUUCUGCCAUCCGUGUCUCCGUGGCUCUCUGCAAGUCACCAUGCCUUGAGCUCUGUUGCACUCCCCACAUGGUACCCUGGCCUUUCCUGGUGUUGAUUGCUGCUUUUAUAAGAUGGUCACUUUCAUAUACUCUAAACACCUGUGUCAUAAUUCUGAUCUUCUUCAUGGGUCUUGGGAGAAAUUAUUUUGCGUGAGGACCAGUUACCCCCAGCACUGUCUGAGCAUGCCUCUCCCAAGAGUUGCUUGGACUGUCUUUGUACCUGAACCCUCCUCCAGCCCAUCUCUGAGACUUGGUGUGAGCAGCCAAAGUGCCACCUGUCCCAACAAGCAAGGCCACUCACCCUGCUUUCCUCUGUGGCCCACGCAGAGUAAUUCCUUCCUCCUUCAGAUGCUGUCAUUGUUUAAAAAAAAAAUUUUAAAAAUCUCAGUGCCCAAAGGGAACUAAUGAAGUUGUUGAAAAGAAUCAUGAGUUACUGAAGUGUAUACGUGUAGGGGUGUGAAUGUGUGUGUGUAUAAAGAUUUGUAUUGAAAUUCGACCCAGUGACCUUGUACUGGUCAACUUCCACGCCUCUACACUCUUUUCCCACAUUUUCGUAGAUCUCUUUAAAGAUGAUGGUUCCUUUGUGAGCGUAAUUUGAGAAUGUACUGAAUUAAAGUCCAUUUAGACAACAGGCU